AUGGAGCAGAACGCGGUUGCUUUACAAAGUUUGGAGGCCGCUCGCGCAAACUCUGAAGCGACCCAGAGACAGCUAAUGGAGAUCAUCGGUGCCACGAGGAGCACACCUGGAGCGUCCACUUCCUCUGCAAAUCAUCAGGCCGAGUGGAGCUUGGAGAGUUUUCUUCAACAUCACCCAGCUAAAUUCAAUGGGAAAUGUUUUCCUGAUGAGGCCGAUCAAUGGCUAAGGGAUAUGGAACGGAUAUAUGAUGCUAAGAGGUGCCCGGACGACAACAGGUUGGCAUUCACUGAGUAUCUGCUAACUGGAGAGGCCAGUCACUGGUGGGCGAGUAUUAAGAUGAUUUUAGCGGACGCUCAAAGUCCAAUCUCUUGGGAAGUUUUCAGGAGCAAGUUCUAUGAGGAGUAUUUUCCUGAUAGCGUCCGUUUUGCCAAAGAGGUAAAGUUUCUCCAGUUGGUACAAGGUGGUAUGACGGUCUCUGAGUACACCAACAAGUUCAAGCAUCUGGUUCGUUUCAAUACCAUGGCUACAAGCGAAGAGUGGCAGUGUAGGAAAUUUGAGAAUGGGCUUAGGAGUGAUUUGAAGUUACUAAUAUCCAGCCUGUGCAUUAGGUCGUUUCCUGCCAUGGUUGAGAGAGCCAAAGUGUUGGAAAAGAAUGUGGCAGAAGUAGAGCAACAGAAGAAGCAACAGCAAGCAGCUAGGGAACCGGUUUUGAAUAGAAAUAAUUUGAAUGUGAGAAGGACUCCUUACGUUCGUCCAGCCGAAUCAUCAAAACCAAGUGGAUCUCAGGCGGUGGUUGCUGUCGGACAGACUGGGCAGCAAGGAAACGUGACCUGUUUUCAGUGUGGAGGACCACACUACCGAUGGUCAUGCCCUCAACUAGCGGGGGGAAAAUAUUGCAACCGUUGCAGAAGAAACGGACAUUGGGAGAAUGAGUGCAACAUGGGAGGACGAGCGGCAAUGAGGCCGCCAAACGUUGGGAGAGCACAACAAGGGAAAGGUGGACGAGCGCAGCCAGUGGGGAGAGUGUACGCAAUCACGGGCGCUGAAGCUACUAGAUCAGGUACACUCAUCAACCGCACUUGCUUAUCGUAUGAACUGCCUUGCCGUGCGUCGUUUUAA